AUGGGUGGUUUGCUUAGAACAACAUCUAGGUCGGAAAGUGAGAACAAUUUUUUCAAUUACUUUGUGAACAAAUUUCUUACAUUAGUUGAACUCCAAAUGAGGUUUCAAAGUGCGAUGGAUGUUCAACGUUAUAUGAUGCAGACACUAGAUAAUGUUGUUUUUAAGGAUUUUCAAGAACAAGUUCUUAGUGCACGCGAUGAGUGUGGUUUUGAAAAGAAUUUCGUUAGAGAUGGCAAGGAUGUGUAUCGUGUGGUACAUUUCAACACUGGGACAAUUUUUGAAGUUGUGUAUGAUGCUCAAACAUUGUAUGUUGAUUGCUCUUGUAAGUUAUUCAAAAGAGUAGGAGUCUUAUGUAAGCAUGCAUUAUGGGUUUUGCAUGCAAAAGGCGUUAAAUAUAUACCAGAACCUUACAUAUUGAAAAGGUGGACAAAAGAUGCUAGCAAAACACCUGUCUAUGAUAUUGAUGGCACGUUAUUGGAUGGUAAUAAUGCUAUAGAAUCUAGAAAAAGGGUUUUGGGAGAAGUUUGGAAUGAGGUACAUCGAUGCAUUAGUUUGGCAGAAGAUGAUGAGGAUGAUUUGGUUGAACUUUCGCACAAAAUAAAGUUGUAUUCAGCUGAGCUUUUAGCAAAAAAGAAUCGUGGGGUUGAGAAGACAAAACGUCAAGAGUUGGAAAAGUUUUUGGGUUGCGAAGCUCCUACAAUAAUUACAAUUCAAAAUCCUAAACAAUCUUCAAACAAAGGCAAGAGGAAAGAAAAAGAUCCAAAACAAAAGGAUACUGAAGAUGAAGAAGAGCAAAGGGUGACCAAGCAAAGACAAUGUAAAAGUUGUGGCAAAGUUGCAGGUCACAAUAGUCGUACGUGUCCGCAUAAGAAAAAAUAA